AUGUUCCAGCUGUCUGAAGAGUCCAAGGAGCGCAUCGCGCGCAUCAUCGAUGUCUCCCGCGUCGCCAUCCACUACGGCUACCUGCCCUUGAUCCUCUACCUUGGUUACUCCCAGAGCCAGCCCAAGCCCUCCCUCAUCCGUCUCUUCUCUCCGCUCGCAUAG